AUGCGUUCUUUCGUCACACUCGCCGUUCUAGCUCUCGUCUCUGUGGCUGCAGUCCACGCCCAAAAUGGUUGGGAUUUCGAUGAUAUAUAUGAUGAUGAUUUAUUUGACGACGAUCGUUUAAUUUACAUUGGAGGAUACGCUCCCAGCUAUGGACCACUCUCUACUGGAUACGCCAUGGGAGUGGGAUCCGGAAUGGGUUACGUCAUGGGAUCCGGAAUGGGAUACGCUCGUAUGGGAAAAUCCGGCAAAGCUAUGUACAUCCCAUACGCUGUUCCCACCCCAGUGACUCCCCCCGUUGCCCCUUCUAUUCCCUUGGAGCUGGCUCUUGGCAGCACACAGACCCAGAAUAACGGAAUUUUCGGUGGAAACGGCGCCGGUCUUUUGUUACUUUUGGUUUUGUUGCCCCUGCUUCUCCAGAACACCGCCACUUCCGGUUAAAGUUCACGAGUUCAUCAGCUUACCAAAUAUAUCCUCAUUGAAGGCGAAGCAAGCCAUCCAAUGUGCAUCUUGUUCUAUUUUUAUUGUAUACAAAUUAAGAAAUAUGGAAUAAAAAUAGAAAUAUUCACCG